CUUAUUAUUUCCAUCCAAAAGAAAAAGAAAAAAAAAUCCCAGUUUGGAGUUAGCUAGUUUGUUUCUCCAGCUCCUUGAUUUUCUCUCCCACAGAGAUUUUCCUCAACACCAAACAUCUUUAUUCCUAUCGAAGUUUCUGUACUCAUUAUUCUCUCUCACCAAAUAAACAUGACUACUCGCCAAGAAUUCCUCACUCUUCCAAGAAGCUCAAGCACAAGCAGCAACAGAUCUUCAAGAAAAAUCAUCCCUGCAGCUUCCGCAAAUCAUUUCAGAUCCUCUUCUUCAUCGUCAGCCACGAUCAAUCUCUCGCCGGAGACCGACGGAGUCUCUGAUAAGUUCGAUCUUCUCCGAAACCGACACCGGCAUCACAAUAACCUAGCCAAAAGUACUCAAUACAGGCUCUCUUCUUUCUUCCGCUCUCUUUUGAAUAUUCUCUCCUUCCCAACCAUUCUUCCCACCUGCAAGUGGCUUACAAUCCCUUCGCAGCUCUCCGUGACGCCUUCCCUUGGGCGAAAAGUCACCGGAACCCUAUUUGGGAACCGGCGCGGCCAUGUCAGCUUCGCCGUCCAGCUUGACCCCCGUUCGGAGCCGGUAUUGCUCUUGGAGCUUGCCGUGUCGACGGCGUCGCUGGUGAAGGAGAUGGCGUCGGGGCUCGUCCGAAUCGCGCUCGAGUCGGAGAAAACCCCAGCGGCGCACGGGCGGGGCGCCAUGCAGGGGAGAAAGCUGUUUCAGGAGCCGACAUGGACGAUGUACUGCAACGGGAGGAGGUGCGGGUACGCGGUGUCACGCACGUGCGGGGAGUCGGACUCGCACGUGCUGAACGUCGUUCGGAGCGUGUCGGUCGGGGCGGGGGUUAUUCCGGUGGUGGAGGACGGGCGGAAGAAGGGUGAAUCGGAGGGCGAGUUGCUGUACAUGAGGGCUAAGUUUGAGCGAGUCGUGGGGAGCCGUGACUCGGAGGCGUUUUACAUGAUGAACCCGGAUGGGAAUGGUGGGCCCGAGCUCAGUAUUUUUCUUCUUAGGUUAUGAAAAAUAUAUAUAUAUAUAUAUAUAUAUUUAUAGAA